AUGUCGUCGCCUACAUCUAGACAAACAGCAGAUAUGUCAAGUUAUAAGGACCAGCCGUUAUCGACAGAGAUUCCUUCUACCCGUUCAGCUUUAUUUAAUCAUCAAUCUAGCGACUGCCGAUCAGCCCGCACGCAUCCAUCUACCAGCACCGAUCACAAAACUUCAGAGGUGCUCGAGCCAGCAUCCCCGCCCCCUGAGAUAGCGACGACCUCUGUACGGGAACCUUCACCCGAGCCUGCUCCACAACCCCGCCAGAAGCGGUCGCGGGUGGCACCAGCGCCUUACUCGGUACCACCCACCCGUGUUCUUCGCUCCAUGACUAGAGCUAAGGAUGUUCAAACUCCUGUGUUGACCACUGCGCCGUCCAAGAAGCCUUCUCGCAAGGUAGCUCCAGACACAGUCCGCUCUCAAGCUCAAAGAAAACCGAAAGUGAAACGGGCUCAAGCUAAAAUCGAUCCUCCCCCCUCCGCCUCGAAACCCACUCCCCCUACCACAUCCCGCUAUAACUUGCGUCCACGGAAGCGUGGCCUGGAUAGCACCGCGGCGUGUCCAGAAACUGACAAGCAGCCAGACCGUCCUAUUAAACGUCGCCGCACAUAG